GUCAACAUCAACAAAGCGUUCUGAAAAGCAAAUUCGGUAUCGGCAUAAAACGGUGAAUUUUCAGCGAGUGUUCGCUGAACAAAAAUUUAAUUAUACAAAUUUUGUAUAGUGGUUUCAAAAUACUUAUGGAUACCCAAAAAUCCACCAGCAAGACGGCUCUGCUCAAGCAGAUGCUGAUGAGAGCUUGGAGGGAGCGAUGGACUGACUGCCAGUGGGGAAUCAACGUGAAGACGGUUCUAACACGAGGCGUGAGUGGCGAUGUCUAUAAUCUUUCGGAUUGUAUCCUCCAACAGGCGGUCGUAGGCUCAGGAGCAAAUACUCUGUUUCUGUCCUACCUCAAACACUCUCUGUGUGCCCAUUUGAUAUCACACGCAGCUGUCCUCAAACGGAUAUCGAUGUAUGAGCAUCUCGAUAUGCAUUACUGUUUGAUUGCGCUGCUCGAAUUUCUCGAUUCGAUCAUCGGUGGAGUGACCUGUCGGGGCAAACAGGAGGAAAGCCUUCUAACGAAAGCGAUGCUUUCGCUGGUCUACUGGUUGAUGCAAAUCUAUGAACACGCAAUCGAAACAUACAGCGAGCAGCACGCUUUGGGUGGCGAGCAGCAGGAAGUGGUUGAAAAAAUGGCCAAUGUUUUCGAGAAGAUCGUGCAAAGCCAGUUCCUGCUGGGAGUAGUGUAUGUGGGAAAACUAGAGGAUCCGGAUUUGUUCAGCUUGUUGGCGAAGAAAUGCAAUCAUAUUGAUAAUCUGACCGUUGCUUGUGGCUUCGUUUCUCCUGUAAUCAACAACAGAAAUGCAACGCUCAACGAUUCGAUUCGAAAGGUGGCUUUCAUCGAUAGUGAAUCUUUGGAGAUGAGAGAAUUCGACGGAAGAAGCAUCGAACCCAUCACGUACUGUUUGCAGCCACUGAUCGCCAUCAACAUUCUAUUCAACCCGAAUUGCGAUACCCAAACCUACGUCUCGCAGUUUCUAUCGAUACAACGUCUCAAGGGAUAUUCACUGUCUCGGCUAUACUGUGAGAUUAUUCGAGCCUCCCUGAUAAGCCUCAACAACGUGAGCGGGACAGCUCGGGAGUCUAUUGUUUGUGCGUUUACCUUCAUCAAAGUGCCACAAAUAAUACGUCAAAUCCACCUUCAAUGUCGGGUGCUCAAUCCGAACGAUUUCGAAGACGCCAAGCUCGAUUAUGCGCCGGAAGUGGUUGAAGCGUUCGAUUCCUUACUUCAGGACUCACCCAUUCUCGACUUUAUGGACACGAGAUGUGCCUGUAACACUGUUGAAUGUCUACUCAACGAAAUGUUGAAACAUCAUCUAGUAAACGAACAGUAUUUGAAGCUGAUUGUCGCCAAGAGGGAGAUGAUCUCCGCUGGGCUACAUAAACUCGAACUGAGCAGCAAUCAGCACUCGAUUGUGAAGUUUGUGCUGCGUGCUGAGUCCCCUCUGGUUGGGAUACUGAAGACGUUGACCGCAGAUUACAACAAGGUGCAAGAGGCGCUACUCGGGAUGCUGUGUCAAGUGUUAUCGGGCAACAGCUUCGAGUUGAUCCUAUCGGUGGCUACCGUGGAGGGUAAACUGAGAAUGUUCGUUUCUGGGCUGAUCAAGUGCAACGAAAACUCCAAACAGGUUAUCGGCGAAAUGGGCAAACCAGCGAUGACCCGGGCGGCGCUGUUCGACAUGUCCUUCCUUAUGUUGACCUUUAUCGCCCAAAACUAUGGUUCGGAGGUGAUUCUGGCUGAGGGUAGCGACUCGUUCUUCGAACGAUGGGUUCGCGAGUGUAUGGUCGAGAAGAACAAGUCUAAAUCGGCAAUGAAUAUGGUCAAGCUUUGCGAUCAGAAUAAGGUCGAAGAGCUCAUAAUGAGUCUCAAUACACCGGAGGGAUUGAAGGCGACCUCGCUUAAGUGGCAGGAUAUUUGCGCGAGUAUACCGGGACUGUUGUAUCAAGUGCUGCUUGCCUGGGAGAAUGAAACUCUUACCACCGCGGAGAUCAAGAAAUUCUUGGACAGUUUGAAGUCUCGCUUCUGCAGUUUCUCAAUUUGUGCCACUUCGUGGCUGUGUGCGUACAUGCAAAUUAUCGCCCAAGAUGAGUUGCUGAAGCCGAUCAACAUGGUUCAACAGUUUCUGACGGCUAUCUAUCCGGAUGAAAUCAUGCAGCAGGAUAAUUUCAAAGAGCGUCUGGGACUGACCGUACAAAUCGUACGUAAAAUGCAACAGGAUUUCCAUCGUCUGCCCGUGAUUAGCACAAAGAUGAGGACGGUGGUUCAGUCCCCAAAUUUGAUGUCGCAAGCACCGCUGGAAGAGCAAUUCGAAGAAGUGUGGAAAAGUAUCGCCGAACGUGGCUGGCUCCCGAUUGAUUCCACCCUGGUGCUGGAGAAUCUGCUGCAAUCGUGCGGACCCUUCUGGCUGGUGAACAAGUUGGUGCAACAGAUUUUCCACUGCAAGUAUAUCAGGGACAUAAACCGAACAAUGGAUAUUGUUUUCGCUAUCAUGCAUCUGGAUAUAGACCGUUGCACGGUGGCACUGUUAUCACAACUGGUGCCGAUGAUGCUACUUAACAAACUACAAAUGGCUAAAAUAGUGGAUCCUUUCUCGCGGGUUCUGGCCAAACUAUGCGUGUAUUGCAUCAUUGCCACCAUGGACUCUCCGGUAUCGCACCCCAAGAAACGAUCGCGAACUUUGCUGGCAAGCGACGGAGACGAACUGGAUGCGCUUUGUCCGACUAGCAAGUUGCGCAAAAUUGGCUCCGAAUCGUGCGACUCGGCCUCGAGUGAUUUCAUGGUGGAACACAAUCUAUCCACGCGGGAGGAUCCCUGCGGUUUGAAGGAUUCGUUGCAAAAUUGUUUGCGGAUAUUGUUCGGGACAUGCUUGCGGUAUAUAGUGUCCGACGAAUUGUCGCCGAAGAUUUUCUUCAUGUUCCAGUUCCUCUCGUUGCUGGUCGAAAUUGGAAAGGAGCGGAUCAAACCGGUGUUGAAGUUGAUUCCAAAUGGGUUGAUUCAGAACAUGAUGAAAAUCAAUUCCACCGAUGAUAUGACAGUAGGGUUCAUAUUGAGGUUAUAUGACCUAAAUUCUGCUGCUGGGAGGCAGUUUGCAAUGUCAGAUCUUUGUUUAUUCAGGAAUAUAAAUAUGCGCAAGGAUAGCAUCAUAUUAUAAUCUUUGUUUCUUAUCCGAGCCUUCGGAUAGCUCGGACAAAUCUGUGCUUAAUUGAAUGUAGGAAAAGACUGGACAUGAAUCUUAUCAAUACUUGUUGAUACAAGAUUGCUAACUGUACAUAUUACCAAAGUUUA